AUGAAAAUUCUGCUCACCACUCAGUCCCUGCCUCUGUUCCUCGUGCUGCUGCAGCCACUUCCAUUGCAGGUUCUAAUGCAACGUAGAUAUUUAGAUUUACCAGAUCAUGUGGCAGAAGAACUUGAAGAUUAUUCGGAUGAAUUAUAUAGCACAGGGCCUACCAAACCACCUACCAAAAAAAGUUUCCAACGGCAUGUCAUAAUUCCUCCUUUAUUUCCAUUUUAUCAUCACUAUGACUGUACUUUUGAAAUGAAGGAAAGAAAUGUUCAUGACAGGUUUUUCUGUAGGAAAGAACAUUUCUUCCUCCCAGUAGCGUAUGAGGAGUUGCAAAAGACCUGUAACAGCAAGUAUGUGGCAUGUAAGAAUGGACUUAGGAGAUGUCACAAGACCAAGAAACUGAUAAAAGUACUGCACUGUAAGUUAACACAUGGAACUAAGAUGUCAGACUGUGAAUACCAAUCUUUUUACAAGGAGGGUUAUGCCCUUAUCACUUGUCGAUGGCAAGAUGAUAUUGGAGAGAUUAUUCCUGAGCAUGUAAAUGGUAUUUUGGAACUACCCAAUAAUCAGUAA